UGUCACACUUGACAUAAGUGCAUACACAUAAGACAGACAUGAAGACGAUCUUAAAGGAGUACAACUAGCGCGCGCGCGCUCUCCGAAAACACGCACACAGCAGUGGGCUCCACACGCACACACGCCCGCGCGCGGACUGCUCGGCAUGGCACGCUCUAGCUCUUCAAGCUCCAGCUGUCUUGAAUCCCCCCUCCAUGAUGAGAGCAGUUUCACCCAGCUGUUUCACACGAUUUUGUACAUCAUGUAUGUCUUCAUCCCUCUCGUGAAUCGUGCUCGUACUUUUUGUCGGUUGCAGGAGAACGUCAAGCUUUGGCUCAAGAAGAUGGCACUCUUAUACAUGCACGGCGUCCGGUACCACGCAUACGCGAGAAUCGGGGACCAUCCGGGAGCUAAGGAACACGCGACCAUCCGGCUUUUUUUCGAGGGGGCGAGACUGCUGAACUUCACGUUCGUGAAGGGGCACCAACUGGAGCAGUCGGACUUACACAUCCUAGCAGAAGUGCUUCCGUUCGUGACACCAACCGUGGUCGCCCUCGUAGAAGAGAUGGAUGCGUACAACGUCGCGGCGGCUGAGACGGAUGCCGGCUGCGAUUUGUGGGCUUUCUGGCAUGACAACAGGCUUAAACUACCUGCUUGGAUUGAGGCGGCGGCCCUCCUUAAGUACAACAGGUCUCAGGAGUGCUAG